CGUCCGGAUAGUAUUGAACCAAACAUAAAAGACGCACGAGUUUUGUACGUUCCUUCAACUGCGUAUUUACGCGUCUGGUUACUUAUCUUCAACAAACAUUUCGGGAAACGCAAGAACUAUGUCCGAAGAAUUCGGUGACGAGUACGAGCACUUCAACUAUGACUACGACAAGCACAUUUUCACCGGGCACAGUGGAAAACAGCGGAGCAAACGGGAGGCUGCGACGCAUACGAAUCAAUUCGAUCCGUGUGGCCAUUCGAGAAAGAUCGUAACUAAACUGAUGAACACCGAGCACAACAAACGGAACAUCGCUAAGAGCAAAGCGUAAGCUGAGUCUCGAAAUUGCGAAAUAAUCAUGAAAAAGACGAACGUUUGCUGAAGUCCAAGAGAUCGACACUCCUCAAACAUCACGUUUGAACACAUUAUAUUGUAAAACAAUUUUUUUUCCUUCAUUUUCCUAUAAUCUCAGCCAUGCAUUUAGUCGCUGAAUAUAAAUCUUCAUUUAGGAUAAGAUAAUGAUUAGUAUAUAGUACAAAACGUUACGUCUUGUAACUAUUUACUCUCAGUCAUAUCAUAUGACUUAUAGAGUAAUAAAUCUCACUAGGAUUACUCUGGAUCCAGGGUUUACCUAAGCCUCGUGUUCUCUUGACACCGUAGUAGUUAAGUCAAAGAAUAUUCAUACUGAAUUCACGCACAUUAUAUAAAUUCUUUAGAUAUUGAG